UUUAAAUUUGCAACAAAAUGGGAAGCGGUGUCAGAUUCGGUAAAGGAAAGAAGGUCAGCAAGAGACAGUCGACGAAGGUGCGCUGCAAAGUGGAGAAGAAGGUGCGUGAGCAUGGGCGAAAGCUCAGGAAGGAGAUGAAGAAAAAUCCGGGAAAAUUCAAGAAAUCCAAAAAAGAUCCCGGGGUUCCAGGGGAUUGUCCUUUUAAAGACCAGGUUUUAGCUGAAGCAAAAGCUAUGGUUGAGAAGAGAAACGAAGAGAAGGAAAGAAGAAGAAUUGAAAUGAAGGAAUUAAAGAAACAGAGUAAACUGAAUCAGAUGGAACAACUGAAAGGAAAAACAUUAGAGAGUUUAGUAGCUGGUGCUAGGCAGAAGACAGCUAUGUAUGAGAAGGGUCAAGGAGUACAAACUGCAGCCGUAGAUAAGGGAUUAACUGAUAGAUCUGCCAAAGCUUACUACAAGGAGUUCCGUAAAGUAGUUGAAGCUGCUGAUGUUGUUCUAGAAGUUCUAGAUGCUAGAGAUCCUCUAGGUUCAAGAUGUCGUGAGGUGGAGCAAGCUGUUGUAGCUGGAGGAAAGGGAGGGAAACGACUAGUUCUUGUUCUAAACAAAGCUGAUCUUAUCCCGAGAGAAAACCUUCAAGCUUGGAUUAAAUAUCUCAGAAACGAAUAUCCUACAAUUGCGUUUAAAGCUAGUACACAACAAACUGCUAAACUUGGACAAGCAAAAAUAAAUAUGAAGCAUAUUGACCAGCAGAUAAGCACAUCUAAGUGUGUUGGUGCGGAUACCCUGCUGGCCCUGUUGGGGAACUACUGCAGGAACCGGGAUAUCAAGACCAGUAUCAGGGUCGGGGUGGUCGGGAUGCCUAAUGUUGGAAAAAGUUCACUCAUCAAUAGUUUAAAAAGAUCCAGAGCUUGCAAUGUUGGAGCUACUCCAGGAGUAACUAAGUCGAUGCAGGAGGUUCAACUGGACAGCAAGGUUAAACUAUUGGAUAGUCCUGGUCUAGUGAUGGCGGGAGGAAACAGGAAUGAUGCUAGCGUAGCACUCAGGAAUGCUGUCAAGGUUGAGAAUAUUGAUGAUCCUGUAACUCCUGUUCUAGCAAUUCUUGCCAGAGUUCCAAGAAACCAUCUCAUGCUCCAGUACGGGAUCGGACAUUUUAAGGAUUGUUCCGAGUUCCUUGCCCUGAUGGCCUCUCAGAUGGGUAAACUCAAGCGUGGUGGUAUUCCAGACAGAGAAAAGGCGGCUAGAAUACUUCUUGGAGACUGGAACUCAGGGAAGAUCAAGUACUUUACUCACCCUCCUGAGCAGGCGGAGACCAACAUGGCGGCUGAGAUUGUUUCUCAAUUUGCGGCGGAGUUUAGUUUGGAUAAAGUUGAUCAGACAGAGGAGAUGGAUACUUUACCUAUUAUUAAACCAAGUGACAUUGUUCAGGUUGAAUCCAGCAGUAUCCUCGAGACUGCAGGAGAAGGGGAGGAUGAGGAGGAGGAUGAGAUGGAUGAGGACGAGGUUGAGGUUGGUGUGGAGGGGAAGGAGAAUGCAGAGAAUAUUCUCCCCCAGGGUAUAGAGAUGCAGACUAGAAAGAGGAAGGAGAAGAAGGAUGGGAAGGAGGAUGGAGGAGAGGGAGAUCCACUUUUUAAAAUUGAAGGUAACAUGAGAAUGAAGAAAGCGCAGAAGCUGCAGCAGAAGAAGAACAAGAAGAACUUGAAGAGAGCAGAUAAAUUGGCCGCUGGUCUGUCUGACAAAAUGGAGUCUGCAUUCUCCAGUAUCAUCGAGGAAGAUUACGACGUGGAUAAAGAUUAUCAGUAAAGGAGGAGAUAUAUUUUUUCAUUUUUUUCAACACCGGUCAUACAUGCUGAUUAAACCUCUUGACUAGAAA